AUGACGGAGCUCGACAGCCGCCUAGACGCAUUUCUUGAAGGCCGCAAGCAGAAGGGACGUUUCAGGACUUUAAAAGAGUACGAUACAUCGGCCUCCUCUGCGCUCGUUGACUUUUCCUCCAAUGACUAUCUGUCUUUGACGUCUUCACCUGCUUUUCGUGCCCUAUACCUCAAACGCUUGGCGACCGCCGAGUCCAUCUUCGGCUCGACCGGCUCACGCCUUCUCAGUGGCUGUAGCCCCAGCCACUCAUCCCUCGAGAUCCGGCUUGCCGACUUUUUCAACUCCCCCUCGGCCCUGCUGUUCAACUCGGGCUGGGACGCCAAUGUCUCUUUCUUUGCGACUGUCCCUCAAUCCUCCGACUGGGUAGUCUACGACGAACUAGUGCAUGCGUCGGUACACUCUGGACUACGGUCGUCUCGUGUCCCUGUUGAGAGAAGGGUACCGUUCAGCCACAACGACCCAGAAGCUUUCGCUCAAGUCUUGAUACAAGUAUCGUCCUCAUCAACUUCCCAGACCUCGACCGUAUUCUUGGCGCUCGAAAGCUUGUAUUCGAUGGACGGGGACAUGUCUCCGCUUCCUGCGCUCUUGGAUACUAUGGAGAGCUACAUUCCCAGAUCUCGAAUGUGCGUAGUCGUGGACGAGGCCCAUUCUACGGGCGUGUAUGGCCGUCAAGGGAGAGGAGUGGUGCACGCGCUGGAAGAAGGAGGCUGGGCUGCCGGUGACGAUCGCCGGAGAGGGAAAGGCCGUGUGGAUGUCAGGCUGAUGACCUUUGGGAAGGCUGUUGGAUGCUCUGGAGCGGUCCUGCUGUGCUCUCCGACGGUGCGGACGUUCCUAAUCAAUUUCGCGCGGCCAUUUAUAUUUUCCACUGCAAUGCCGCACUCCACGGUAAUUGCCUUGCAAUGUGUCUGGGAUAUCUUGCAAGGGGGCGAAGGAGACGAGCGUCGAAACAAGCUCAUGGGUAUCGCUCGCUACCUACAUUCGCUACUCGAUGAUAUGCUGGCCACAACAUCUCCACGAUUACUUUGUCUUCCGCCCGAUCCAGUCGUACCCUUCUCCUCUUCUCUCUCGGAGCUGCCCGCCGACCCACCGACACCCAUCCUUGGCCUCUUGACGCCCACGCCUCAUGCCCUAGCAGCGUUUCUCCUUGAAAGGGGCUUCAUAGUGCGCCCCGUGGUACCUCCUACAGUCCCUCCUGGGGGGGAGCGCGUUCGAAUCUGUCUCAGGGCAGACUUGGGCAAGGACGUGGUGCACCGUUUGGUGCAAGCGUUGCGAGAAUGGGUUGAUCGUCAGGCUCCUUCCAAGGCGAAGCUGUGA